AUGAGCGAGAUCAUUCUUGUGGAGCCCUGUAUGUUCUGUGCUCCGCGCGCUGUCGUUGAAACCGGCGUGGGGGACCCGAGUGUGCCGGACAGCGGUUUCAUUGCCUCAUCGCCCGCGUCGCACCACACCCACGUGGCCCUCUAUGAGUGGAUCCGCAAGUUUGUGGAGGGGGACUGGGGGCAACGCCCGGACGCGACUAUCGAGCUGCACGAGCUGGAGGAUGUGGAAACUGCCCUCCGUGAGCUGAUUGCACUCGACGAGAGUCAAGUCCGCACGAACCAAAUCAUCAGUUGUCACCUGGCGUCUCUGCAGCGCGAGCAACGGCGACGAGGGCGUGAGCUCACAGUGCGAGAGGAAGUGUCGGGGUACCAGCUGCGUCGGCUACUUCAUUUGGAGCGCUGCUUCAACACGGCGCGAGGUGAGAAGACGCUAAACGCCCAAGUUUCUCUGCAGCAUGCGGAGAAACUGUUGAAGGAGGAAAUGCAGGAGUUCCUGGCGGAGGUGCAUGCACUGGAGCUUUCACGCGCCCAGGAGGCGCAGAGGUUCGCGGAGGACCGACUACGGGCGUCAAUGCGCGUGGUGGAGCAUCAGACCGCACGACUGGAGUCCAUAAAGAGGGAGCUAAACGCGGUUUGCGCUUCCUUGAACGACCUGGCGGCAAGCGCCAAAGUAGAGGCACGCUGCGACGACAGUCGAGGAAGUGUGUAUUCAGCGCUGCGUGGAUGUGAGAACGUGCUUUGCACCCCACAACAAGUUAUACUUGCCGUGCAGGAUCGAAUCAGGGAACUGGAGCUGCGGCAAGUGGGCAUGGUCCACGAAGCGAACUCAACAGUGGCGCCGAAUGGCACGUUUGACGCCUUGACAUUGGCAGUUUGCCGGUUGGAAGAGACACGGGCGGACUUUUAUGCGUUAAGCCGUCAGGCCACUUCAUCUGGUUUGCAAGGAACCAACGAGGCCGUUCACCACGGAAGCAGCAGCAACAACAACAACAACAACAGUGGCUGCGUGAAAACGCCGCCGCUACCAACAUCUUCCUCGUCGUCGUCAGCCUCUCCGUUGUUUUCAAACACUGGCCCCAAGGAGUUCUUCAUGGAAUCUCGCGCCGGUGUAAUUUACCAGGCGGUCUUGCAUGAGCAGCGGAGUUUAAUUACGACGUUGAACUGCAAAGGUGGUGUGCAUCCAGUUCUCCUUCGUCUGUCCACCGAGAGCGACGCAGAGCGAUAUUCACGACGGCCUCUGAGUCUUUUUGCGGGGCAGAGUCUCUCGCUGCAUCAGUGGACCCACAUGAACGGGACACGAGCGACGAAACGGGCGGCUGUUUUCUACCCAAUGCCACCUGGACGUGACGGCGAGGUUCCGAAGGAGCAUCUCGAGUCUCUGCUCUUUGCAAAGGCCGAUGAAAAAGGUGAUUCGUUUGACAUCAUCGAUUUGCGCGCUGAAGGCAGAGACACAGGCGUCUACUUUACAGGCGACGCCGUUGCCUUCUCAGCAGAUGGCAGCUUUAUGUAUCUAUGUUGCGGUGCCGCUGACACCUCUACCGAGGCGCGACGUAUGGCAACAGCGCGUAUGGCGGAGUUGCUGCGCCGCCGCCUCGGUGUGUCCUCUGCUAACUGCUUCUGUUAUUACUCCUCCUUUUCUACUACCACGAGUCUUGGCUGGGUUGGUGCGGGCGUCUGCGCGUGGGCACUGGAGGGGAUGUGGUUUGUCUCCCGUGAGGAGAAGGAGUCGUUUAUCUCGCACCUGCGCGAGGCGUACUGCACUGUUAUUCAUCUCACACGCGCAGAGGUGGAGAAUUUUGCCGGUGAGUGCGUGGAGGUUGUCGCGCGUUCGCCCGGCGACGCCGCGCCGAAGCGGCGGCUUGUCAUAUCGUCCCACGCCCUUCGCUCACUUUCGGAGCAGCACCGCGCCACGUUGACGGCGUGGUACGGCGACGGUGGGUGCGUCGUACCGUCUUUGCCAACGAUCGAGCGCGUCCGCGGCCACUCGGCGAGGUCGAUGAUGUUAACCGUCGUGACGCACGGCUCACACCUGCCGCCGCCGCGUGUGCGGGGAUUUCUCUCGUUUCUUGGCAUUAGGGCGAGGGAGAGAGCGCGGGCGAGCGAGCAGCUGGACGACUGA